CCAAUACUGCAAUUUGUUACAAACGUUUGAUAAUUACAUUAACAUUCCGCGUUCGAGCGUUCCUUCCUACUGCACAAUUAUGAACAUUGUGCACCUUUCAAAAGAAGUAGCCUCUGAAAUGUGAUCUCUAAACAUUGUAAUGUGUAUAUUAGUGAACAGAUUUGAGCCAAAUCUCAGUAGACAAUCGUGGACGACGCAGAAAUCGUUCAUAAGGCAUCAAACUUGCCUCUGUAUGUUUGAAAUCUUCUAGUGUACCCACUUCACAUAGUAUCGGGUCCGCUGUGUACUGUAUGUGAUAGAAUUCGAAGUCAAACGUCGAAGUUAAACGCAACCGUUUCUAGUCGCUGCGAUGGACAGAAGGAAAGCAGAUUGAAGUCUACAUUACCUAUAGUGUACAUUCCGGUGAAGUUAAUCCGUUAACGUCGAGCCUUACGAUUGACGAGGCUUCUAUAUAUUCGAUUACGAUGCUUAUCGGAUCGAAUGGAGUGUGUCUUCGACAGGGACGGAGAGCCGACUCGACGGAGUUGUCAGGAGUCGCACUUCAUGGGGACAAGCCCUUCCCAUCACAGCCGUCUACAUUUAGCAAGUUUUGUUGCUUCCGACGGAAAACUGCGUCGUUGAAGAGUGGAUAACAGCGCAGAUGGUUAGUGUAUCGACGUGACAAGUGUCACUCCACAUGGGCCUCGACUGGAAGGAAAGUGCACGAGCGCUUCGAACAGCUCGAGUCCGAUGGAUCAGAGACCUAAGCCGUUUCCUGGCGACAAGUGUCCAGCGUAGUGAGAUCUAGAUACGCGUCCGUAGCCCUUGAGCCCACUCUUCGUCAUUACAUAGGACUCUGUUUCCGACGUGCUCUUCAUCUCUGAUUGCAUUGCACUCUGAAGUCGAUCCUGCACUCAGAGAAAUCUCCACGACCUUUUCAAUAGGUUCAGAUUUCAGGAAUGGCUUCCAGCCAGUCAACCCGCAAGGGAUACGACACCGUCGCACAGAAGGCCGAAGAAUUGAAGCGCAGCGCAUCGAGCACUGCGGAACGCACGAAGCAGUUUGGCGCCGAGAAGGCAGAGCAGGCGAAGCAAUUCGGGGCGGAGAAAUCAGGACAAGCGCAAGAGACUGCGUCCUCUGCAGCCGGCACGGUUCAGCAGACGGCUCAAAAUGCUUGGAAUCAGACCAAGCAAGCGGCGGGCAAUGCGAGCGGAUACGUCCAGGACAAGGUGGGCCAAACCACUCAGUACGGAGCAGAUUCCAUGCAGUCCGUCAAGCAGACCACUGCCGACGCCGCCUCUGCUGUACAGAGCAAAGCCGUCGGAGCUAAAGACAUCACGGUUGACAAGGUAGUGCAAGGCAAGGAUUUUACCGUCGAGAAGGCUCGACAGGCAGGCCAAUACAUGUCCGACUCUGCCGUAUCCGCCAAGGACACCACUGCGAGCUACUUGCAAAACGGAGUGGAUGUUGUGAAAGGAGCCGUGCUGGGCGUCAAAGAUGCCAUUUCUACUGGAAACUACAAAAGCUGUCACCAGAGAACAUGCUGGACGGCGAAAUCUUACAUAUCAUGCGUGGCUCGUGCGAUCUACGAAUCGAAAGCGUCAAAUGAACUUGAUUCGUCAAACAGAAUCAUAACUUCGGCUCAACUCUGCCCAAAAAAUACAAUUCCCAGCAAAAUGUAAAUUGAAAAUUGAUCGGUGAUGUAUUACCCUGCAGAAAUGUAUGUCCAGGAAGCGUAGUGAUUGGCGAGCAUUCGAUGGCGUGCGUCUUCCUCCAAGUUGUCCAUGCAGGGCUCCAGGCUUCCAUCUGCACUGAAUUGAAGGGCAGAAAAUUUAAACUGCCAAAAUUUGUCAAAAGCUGCUUAAUCCAGAUCGAAAUUCACUCACAUGAGUUUUUUUUUUCCCUGCAAUCGUCCACGACGGUAGUGGUAGUUACUGGCAGAUGAUUGAUUGACUUCUUCAGAAUGGUGUCCUCUCUUGUAGACAUGAUAGAUCCGUAUCUGGAACGACACCCAUCGGAAACUGCUUCUUUCAUUGUAAUGCAAACGAUCAGGAUAUGAACGAAUGCGCAGCGGCUUUACCUGGGAUUUCAUGCCUUUGAAAUAUUUCAGAUUCCACUGCAAAUACAAGCUAAUUCUAACGUGCAAAUU